CAUAUGAUAACCGAUAGGGAACAUCUAGGUAGGUAAUGUUGCUAUCACUCAUCCCUGUUGAAGAACAAAGAACCAUCAGCUCAACCCGGCAUGACUUCUCUAAUCCAAAUGCUGUUGUUGUUCCAAUUUUAAAAAAAGAAGAGCUUCUCCAGGAUGAAAGUAAUAUGCAUCACUGUCUCUUGAGACCUUAUCAAUGCCAAGGGAAUAGAGAGGUAGUGAGGAACAGUUACCUUGAUGAACAACAGGAUCCAUAACUCUAAUCAUUGAGUGACUAUAAUCGAUUUCCUACACAUAGAAUUUUCCUGAAUUAAGGUGCAAAACUGUGACAUUUUUCUAGCAAAAUAGAUUAUACUUUAGGUCUCUACAUUUUGGUGGAUCAAUGCUUAAUUGGAAAGGAUGAUGAAUCUUCAUAAUAUCGCCACAAGAAGAAGCUAGACAUUGAAGGCUUGCUUUGGCACUGCAAUUUUCAUGAGAAAGGUCAAGAAGAAGGGCUGCAAUAAGGAGCCUUGUUCUAGCCAUAAGGAAGACAAGCGGAGAUGAGAAAGUCUUUGCUCAGUUUAAUACUAAUAGGUGGUGCAACCCUAGAAUUGUUUUUUUCUACAUGAGAACUUUGAAAGUCAAUUACGUAAAUGUGGUUCGCCAAAUAAUGACUGGGUUCCAAUUCUUGGCAGGUUCAAAAACACCGGCUAUUGUAGUCGAUUAUGGUCCUAUUGAAAAGAAUGAAACUGAUGCAACCCCACAAUUGAUUUUUUCUACAUGAGAAUUUUCAAAGUCAAUUGUGUACAUCACCAAUUAAUGCCCGGCUUUCAGUUUCUUGGCAAGUUCAAGCAUCUUAUUGAGGGUAAUGAAAUGGUGCAACCCUACAACUAAUUUUUUCUACUCCAAAAUUUUCAGAAGUCAUGGUUAUGUUGGCUUCUUUGUUGGGAGCUUAACUAGAUCUUCAGAAUUAUCAACUUCUAUAGAGACAGAAAAUGAACAGGAAUUGAACUC